AUGGUCCCACCUCCAGCUGAAUUUCGCAGAAAGCUAGUCAUUGUCGGUGACGGUGCCUGUGGUAAGACCUGUCUCUUGAUCGUUUUCUCCAAGGGAACUUUCCCAGAGGUUUACGUGCCUACUGUUUUCGAGAACUAUGUUGCUGAUGUUGAAGUGGAUGGAAGAAAGGUCGAGUUGGCUCUCUGGGAUACCGCCGGCCAAGAAGAUUACGACAGAUUGAGACCGUUGUCGUACCCUGACUCGAAUGUUAUCUUGAUUUGCUUUUCUAUUGACUCACCUGACUCGUUGGACAACGUUUUGGAGAAAUGGAUCUCCGAGGUUUUGCACUUUUGCCAGGGUGUCCCCAUCAUUUUGGUGGGAUGUAAGGUUGAUUUGAGGAACGAUCCCGUCACAAUCAAGCAGUUGUCACAAGAGAAUCAACAGCCUGUCUCUACCUCCGAGGGUCAAGCAGUGGCUCAAAAGAUCGGCACUCAAUACUACUUGGAGUGUUCUGCAAGAACUGGUCAGGGUGUGAGGGAGGUCUUUGAGACUGCCACCAGAGCCUCAUUGCUGACCAGAGAGAAGAAGGAGAAGAAGAAGAAGUGUGUGGUCUUGUAA